UCGGCUGCAUCACUCCUAUAAUAUACUUUAUUACCGCUGACGUUUUAUUUCAUCCUCUUUCUCUCUCGCUCGGCUAAGCAAAUAUAUUUAUUUUCAAGCGCGUAUCCUCCUAUCCGCGUAUUUUAUAAUCUAUCAUCGUGAGCCUAUAUCUCGAAACUAUGCGUGUCAGCUUCUCUUUUAACUAGAAAAACAAUAAUAACGGUAAUAAAAAGUCGCGCGAUCGAGAAUUAACUUCUUCUUUUAAUUUCACUCUUACUCUCUCGCACACACACACACACGUGUGGGUAUAUAUCGCGCGAAAAAAACGUGAAUCCAUUCAUAUUUCGAGGAAGUAUUAAUACAGAAGACGCCGAGAGAGCAAUAAAACAUAUUUAUACAGGAGAGUGCGAAAAUGUGAAGAAGAAAAAAAUUUUUAUAUAUGUUGAAAUAUACACCAAAGACGCGUAUUAUUAUGCGUUAUUUCGAGGAAGAGGAAACAAAAAUAACAGGCCAAUAUAACAGUGCCGCGAAGGAAGAAAAAACAACAACAACAACGACAAUAUAGGCGUAUAAUAAUAUUUUCGUGCAAAAAAACAAACGUGCCUUUGUACUAUACUGUUAUACUAUACUGUUAUACACUCAGACACGCUCGUCUUUCACUCUUUCUUUCUCUCGGAUCAGAUUCCACGCGAAGAGGCAACGAAAAGAAAGAGAUAAAAGAUGAGCAGUGACGCGACAAUGAGCAGCGUCCCGCCGUCCGCGGCUUCGAGCACAGCAGCAGUAGCAGCAGCGGCGACGAGCAGCAGCAACAAUGGACCGGUGACAACGUCGGCUGCAGCGGCGGCUGCGGUGCCACCGCCGGGAUGGUCGAGCGAGCAUCGCGUGGUCAAGGAGGGCUGGCUCCAGAAGCGAGGGGAACAUAUAAAAAACUGGCGAUCGAGAUAUUUUGUGCUCAGGGAGGAUGGAACUCUGGUGGGAUUCAAAACGAAGCCAGAAACCCUUACAGCCAAUACUGCUCAGCCGCUCAACAAUUUCACCGUCAGAGGUUGUCAGAUCAUGUCCAUCGACAGACCCAAGCCUUUCACUUUUAUCAUCAGAGGUUUGCAGUGGACAACUGUUAUUGAGAGAACUUUCCACGUUGAUUCAGAACAAGAGAGACAAGAUUGGGUCAAUUCCAUUAAAUAUGUUGCUGAGAAAUUGGCCCACGAAGCUCAAGGUGGACAAACACAAAUGCAACAGUCUUCUUCCAGUGAAGAUGUUGACAUGGAAUCAGCUGGAGGCAGAUCUGAUUCUGGUAGUUCGGCAGGAGUUAUUUCAAAUGGUGCUGGUGCUGGAAGUUUUGAUGAAUUAUCUGCUAAGUUCAGCGUUCAAGGAACAUCCAGCAGUAAAAGCUCUGGAAAGAAAAAAGUUACUUUGGAGAACUUUGAAUUUUUGAAAGUAUUAGGUAAAGGUACAUUUGGCAAAGUUAUCCUGUGCAGGGAAAAAACUACAGGACAUUUGUAUGCCAUUAAAAUUCUUAGAAAGGAAGUGAUUAUACAGAAAGAUGAGGUUGCCCACACACUUACUGAAAACAGAGUCUUAAGAACAACAAAUCAUCCAUUUUUAAUAUCUUUGAAGUACAGCUUUCAAACGGCCGACAGAUUGUGUUUCGUCAUGGAAUACGUGAACGGCGGUGAAUUAUUCUUUCACCUGAGCCGAUCGCGCGUCUUCGGCGAAGAUCGCACAAGAUUUUACGGUGCCGAGAUCAUUUCUGCUCUCGGCUAUCUCCAUUCGCAAGGCAUCAUUUAUCGAGAUUUAAAACUAGAAAAUUUAUUACUCGACAAGGACGGACACAUUAAAAUCGCAGAUUUUGGUCUGUGCAAAGAAGACAUUACGUAUGGAACAACGACCAAGACUUUUUGUGGAACACCGGAGUACUUGGCUCCGGAGGUAUUAGAGGACAACGAUUACGGCCGAGCCGUUGACUGGUGGGGCGUCGGCGUUGUGAUGUACGAGAUGAUGUGCGGCAGACUUCCAUUUUACAAUAAGGAUCACGAGAAAUUGUUUACCCUCAUUCUUCUUGAGGCCGUCAAGUUCCCCAAGACUCUGAGCAACGAAGCCAAGGAUUUGUUAGGGAAUCUCCUGAUCAAGGACCCCAACAAGCGUCUGGGUGGCGGUCCCAACGACGCCAAAGACAUAAUGGAACACGCGUUCUUCUCUUCCAUUGACUGGUCGGAUCUGGUGCAAAAGAAAAUACCGCCUCCGUUCAAGCCGCAGGUGACGUCGGACACCGACACGCGCUACUUCGACAGCGAGUUCACCGGCGAGAGCGUGGAGCUGACGCCGCCCGAGCCCGGCGUGCUGGGCAGCAGCGGCCUCAACAGCAUCGUCGAGGAGAACGAGCACUUCCCGCAGUUCUCUUAUCAAGAGAGCCACUCGGCCGCCACGUCCGCGUCCAUUUCCAUCAAUCACUGACGGCCUAUUAUUUAUUAAAACCGCAAUAAUACGAGAGGCGUAACGUUUUGUACAUUUACGGGAGAAGAAAAAAGAAAACAAACAAACUAUAAGGUCCACUGAUUUUUGAUCGUUGACUGACAUUUUUACUUGAUGGAAAAAUUGCAUUGGAUUUGUUUAGUAUAAUUUUUUUUUUUACCCAAUUUUGUUUGAGGUUGAAGAAUUUAUUGAUAAUAAUAAUGAAACUGCCGCAAAUCGUAAUUAGUUAAAUGGAAAGUAAUUGGUGACGUCUUUGGUAAUUUUUUAUACCAUUUUUGAGACGUGAUUGAAGAGCUAUUUAAAGAGAAUUUAGAUAAUAGCUUAUCAAUUCGUGCACCAAUUAUUUUCUAGAAACAAUUGAACAUUUGAAAGUCUGAUAUUUCAUACGAUAUUUUUAUGAAAUUAUAUUGAUUGUUCGUGUAAGACAGAACAAUUCGACUUUUUGUAGCCAAUUUACAAAAUUAUUUGAAAAAUCAUUGUUCUCAUUACAAUCAGCGAUUGAUAAUUUGCGAAUUUUAAAAUUGUAUGAGUAUGGAAGCGUGUUCUAAUUUAUAUUGCUAUUGGCUUUUGCCAGAAUGAAAAAAAAAAAA